AGCAGAAGAUUUUCAAAGCAUCAUAACGUUUUCUGUCAAAACACACAUAGCAUUCGUUAACAUAAAAAAAAAUUAAUUUAAAUUUUAAUAAUGACAUCUAACAGUUCAACAAUUGAAGAUGUUGAUAUGGAUGAUGUGGAGUUUACGCUAAAAGACACUUUUGAGCAUUUAAUGGAAGAAAGACAAGAGAGAAUCACUCAAGUUAAAAAAUUGAUGGAAAUCAUCAAAAAUAAUGAAGCGAAACCAAUUGAGUCUAAUGUAACACCAGCAGAAAUUCGACGGAAAAGAUUGAAAUUCGUACAAUCUAUGACUAAAAUUGUUUCUCAAGAACAACCCAAGGAUUUGCCUUUACCAAGUACCAGUGAUAUGUACAUUGAUGCUUUGACUGUUUUGGAAAAGGAAGUGGAAAAAGUCGAGGAACUCAAUCAAGUAGCCAAACAAGAAAAUGAAGAGUUGAAAAAAAAACUUGCAGAAUUAGAAAAAAAGAAGUUGGCUUUUGAACAAAUUAAAGAAGCAUCUUUGAAUGCUGUCGAUAGUGAAACAACAUCAAAUUAUGAAGCUGAAAUGUUAACUGUAAAGCAAAUUUUUCAAGAAACCAAAAGUGAUUUACUAUUCACAAUUUUUCAGAUUGCAGUUGUCGAUACCCUUUUUCCUGAUAAUGAAAAUUUUCAAGAUUUUUUAAGUAUUCUUACAAGAGCUAGAACUAAAGGAGGUGAUGAUUUAUACAUAAAAGUUAAACCAAAAUAUUUGGAAUUUGCUCAUUUCUUAGAUGAAGCUGAUAUUGUUCAAUUUCAUCCAAAUCAAAAAAAUAUGUGUAAGCUUAGAGAUUUAUAAUUAAAAUGUGUAAAUAUAUCACUUAGGUUUAAAUUUACA